AUGUCCCGCAAAAAGGCGGGUAAGGGCAAAAACGCCAACAGCAGCCCGACGACAGGCAUCCCCACCGGAAACCAGAAGGGGGAAACUGGGAAGAGCACCGCAGGGACGGGGAGCGUGGUGCAGGCGAACGGUAUGGUUCAUCCGAGCAGACCCUCACUCAGCAACAGCAGCGAGUUUUAUGACAUCGCAUUCAAGGUGAUGCUGGUGGGAGACUCCGGUGUGGGGAAGACCUGUCUGCUGGUGCGCUUCAAAGACGGAGCCUUCCUGGCAGGAAGCUUCAUCUCUACUGUGGGCAUCGACUUCAGGUACGACAGUUCCUCUACAGCAGGGUUCAUCAACUAG